AUGCCUCUCUGCAAUAUUCCGCCUUGUGUAUGUCUUCGGAAAGCUAAACUAACAGGCCCCGUUCUAAUUGAUACCCGCCGCCCCGUAAACGGCGAUGGCUUCGGCGUGGGUUUCUACACUGCGCCCUCCCUAGGCCCCGACCCAUGCAUCUUCACCUCGACCCUUCCGGCCUGGAACUGCGAAAACCUCGAACGUCUCGCUUCCAAAACCACUUCCUCCCUUAUUUUCGCCCACGUUCGCGCCACCACCGAAGGCGCCUUAGCGGACAACAACUGCCAUCCCUUCCAACACAACACCCUCAUGUGGAUGCACAAUGGCAACCUGGGUGGUUGGAAAUAUAUAAAGCGUCACUUGGCUGACUCCCUCGCUGACAAGUGGUAUCUGGGCGUCAAGGGUGGGACGGAUAGCGAGUGGGCGUUUGCGCUGUUUCUGGACCUGAUGGAGCGGGAGGGCGGGGUUGAUCCCAGCUCGGCGCCGGAGGGUGGGUUUGGCCAUGCGCUCUUACGAGAGAUCAUGCGCAAGACGAUUUGCAGGAUUAACGAGCUGAUUGCGGCGAUCCCGGCUGGGUGUGGGGUUACGGAUGUGGAGACGAGGAGUUUAUUGAAUUUUGCGGUCACGGAUGGGCACACCGUUGUGUGCACGCGGUACGUGAGUAGUAAAACGGACGAGGCGGCGAGUUUGUACUUUUCGUCCGGAACGAAGUGGAAGGAGGGAAGGACAAAGGGGCAUUUUAAGAUGGAGAGGCAUGAUAAAGGGGCAGAUAUUGUGCUGGUGGCCAAUAACUGGGUAACUGUCCCGACCAACUCAAUUCUCACAAUCCACAAACAAACCGUCCUCAUCCACCCCCUCAUCGACGAGUUCUACGACGACGAUCCAAACCAUGACCGCUCUUCUGGCUUUGCCGUCUCCAAAGGCCUCGUCAGCAAGGCUCCUGGCACCACAGUGGCCCCAGAUACAAAUAAUGACCCCAACAGCAACCAUCCACCCGCAUCAGAACCCUUCACGCCGGCUGAUACCCCUGGUCUGUCCCCCAGGGCACAGCAGGAAAGCUAUAGUCAUAACAACAGUGGUAAUGGAGGGUCAAGGUUGGGUGAAUUGGAGCAGAAAAUCAGAAGUGUGCAACUUCAGUCGUGA